CAUAUGGCGGGGAAAUCGAUGGAGGUCUAACUAACCGUGUGCGUCUGCUCCAUAUAUAGAUAUCGGCAGGUUUGGUACAGCGACGGUACAAGACACACAGACACAAGGACACUAGCUACUGAUGGGUGACACCAAGAUAACACGUACACAUAUACACCCUAAAGGUACCAGAUACAUCUGACAACUUACCUGACAGUGUCACGGUCACAGGGAGCUGAUAUUGUCACCAUAAGUUAGAUACAAUCUGUGACUGUUUCACCAUUACGAAUGGAAAACCAAAAUAAAGGUCCUGAAACUGGAACAAAACAAGAGACGGACAAGUUAUGGGGAGGCAGGUUUACAGGAAACACGGAUCCGGUGAUGGAAGCAUUUAACGCGUCCAUUCAUUAUGAUAAGCGGAUGUGGCAUGCGGAUAUUCAGGGAAGCAAAGCCUAUGUUUCCGCCAUACAGGAAGCCGGACUGGUCACUGUGGAGGAGAGGGACGCCAUUCGUGAAGGACUAGACAAGAUUGCAGAAGAAUGGGCAAACAACAGAUUUGAUAUACAGCCAGGCGACGAAGAUAUUCAUACAGCAAACGAGAGGCGCCUGAAGGAGUUGAUUGGACCAACGGCGGGAAAACUUCACACUGGCCGAAGUCGGAAUGACCAGGUCAGCACAGACAUGAGGCUGUGGUUACGUGGCGCUCUUAGGGAGCUGAAAACAUGUGUCCUCGACCUUGUCAAGGUCAUGAUCAACAGAGCUAGACUAGAGAUUGAUGUACUAAUGCCUGGGUACACACAUCUACAAAGAGCUCAGCCAAUCAGAUGGAGCCACUGGUUGCUAAGCUAUGCUUGGAUGUUAAAAAGAGACGUGGAGCGCCUGAUAGAACUAUCUGAGAGGGUCAAUGUUCUGCCACUCGGAAGUGGGGCUUUGGCAGGAAAUCCAUUUGCUGUAAACAGAGACUUCCUUGCAAACGAGCUUGGAUUCAGUGACGUAUCAGGGAACAGCUUAGAUGCCGUCAGUGACAGAGAUUUUGUGGCUGAAUUCCUGUUCUGGGCCUCUAUGCUGGGGAUUCACCUGAGUCGGUGGGCUGAGGAUCUUAUUCUGUAUUGUAGUAAAGAAUUUGGAUUCAUCACAUUAUCUGAUGCCUACAGCACGGGAAGCAGUCUAAUGCCACAGAAAAAGAACGCAGACAGUUUGGAGUUGAUUCGUGGAAAGUCAGGAAGGCUAUUCGGACGGUGUUCAGGUUUCAUGAUGACACUAAAAGGUAUACCAAGUACAUAUAACAAAGAUCUACAGGAAGAUAAAGAGAGUAUGUAUGAUACAUAUGACACCCUAAGUGGCACACUUAAAGUAUCAACGGGUGUGUUGUCUACGUUAAAGAUCCAUCCGCAGCGGAUGCGUGGUGCUCUCAGUCCAGACAUGUUGGCUACUGACAUUGCUUAUUACCUGGUCCGAAAAGGGGUUCCGUUUCGACAAGCCCAUGGUCUUUCCGGUACGUGUGUGGCUUUGGCGGAGAAAAAGCAGUGUCUGUUGUCCGAUUUGUCUUUAGAGGACUUACAGAGUAUAAGUCCGUGUGUUGAGAGUGAUAUUGUUGAUCUUUGGAAUUAUGAAAACUCUGUAGACCAGUACAAAGCUUAUGGCGGAACGGGAAAAGUCAGCGUCACUGAGCAGCUUCGGAAACUUAGCACCUGGCUGGAAGGACUUUAUUGAUUGACAUGACGUCACAUGAUUUUGUAAUUAGGAUAUAAUAGUUAGUAUACAACCCGUAUCCUAAAAAGGUUGCUUUACAGAUCAAUUUUGUUCUACCGUACUUAAAUGGAUAUCAUAACAUAAUGUAUAUGAAGUUGAAAUGUCUUGCGAGUUUUGAAUAUGCUCUUUCGUGCAAUAUAUGAUUGUUAUAUUUUUUUAGUUGAGAUUUUUCUUUUACAAAACCAAUAAUCCCCAAACACCGGCUUAGCAGUAAUUGUUCAAAUUUCUUUGUAUUACCAUAUAUACAUAUAUCGUUAUAGAGGUGAUUAGAAUGUGAAAAAUAGUAAACAUCUAAGGUCUAUAUGCAAAUAUUUAAACAGUAGUUAGAGUUUUCAUGUUGUUAUAUUUGGAAAUAUUGUUUUUAUGCUGAUAAGUGUUUUAAGUGUUUUAAAAAUCACCGACGGACACGGCAAGAAACAAGAGAAAACAAAUACAGAUUGUAUAAGGAAAUGUCACAAAUAAAACGUCAUGAUUGGU